AUGCGUCCGCAGUGUAAUAGUGACUGCAAGAUUGCACAACGGAAUGCCCGGCUAGCCGAAGCCUUAGGAAUCGACAGGAGUCCCGGAGCCGUCAGCGAGCGCACGAUGGCGACAUAUUCACCAGAACUUGUUGCCUUUGCGAGAGCCAACACAGCUUUUGUUAAAAUGGUGGAAAAGGAACUCGCCAACUUUGUAUCUUCGGAGCGAGCCGCCCACGCCUUACCACACAUGCCUGAAGCAAAGCGAAGCUUUGUCUAUAAUCUUGCAAAGGUUUACAGAAUCGACACACGGAUGAUCGAUGUCGAACCUCAACGCAGCGUCGAACUUAUUCGGCGUCUCGACACUCGUAUCCCUGUUCCGCUGCUUUCAAGCACUCUUCAGGCACCUGCGACGACACUCGGAAAGCUACAGACAAGUACAAGUGUACCAGCGUCUCCGGCUCGUUCUUCGACGACUCUCUCAGCCAGUGGCACUCGAGCAUGGGCCGCUGUUGCUUCGACAACGAGUCCUGCGCUCCGGCCUGCACCAUUGAAUCCUGCUACACGACCCAGCACAAGCAUCACAAACUCCCUGCGCCUCCUUCGGCUCGAUCCAUUCCAGCUGACUGGGAAACAGAUGAUUGAACAUGUAUUUGGGGGUUAG